UCCCAUUUUUUUGGUGUGGAGUAUUAAGAAUUUAGAAGCUGUGUGUAGCACUUAAUUCCCAAACCAGUUUGAGUGAAGAGAAACUUUUGAAAGAUUGAAAAAUCGGAGGCCAAUAUGGGAAGUUCAAUAAAGAAAGAUAUUCCAAUUAUUGAACAAGGACUAACCAUCCCUGAAGUCUGUGUCGAGGACGCAGCACCCAGACAAUACAACAUAUGUGUAGCAAAAACGGAGGAAGAAGACGGAUUAUCUCAAGAAGCUGAUCGGUUAAGAAAAGCUGCUAUAAAGGGCGACUGGAAGACUGCAAACUCUAUAUUUAGCAAAUAUCCGUUGGCUGUCAAUUUGAAAAUAGGCCCUUCUAAGACAACAGCGCUUCAUAUUGCUUCUGUUUGUCACCAAUUUUCUUUUGUUGAAAAAUUGGUAAAACUUACCUCUGGAUCUGACUUAGCUAACAAAGUUGAAGGAUUCACAGCUCUUAGUUUUGUCGCUGCUUCAGGAGUUGUAAGAAUUGCUAAAUUAAUGGUUGACAAGAAUCGCGAACUUCCAAACAUCAUUAAUGAUGAUAAAACUUUCCCACUUUUAAUGGCGGUAGUUUUCAAACGCAAAGACAUGGUUUCCUUUCUCUUCCGCAAGAUUAAAUUUGAAGCUCUUGAGACUGGUGGACAAAUUCAACUUCUCAUUUGUACUCUCCUCGCUGAUUAUUAUGAUGUAGCUUUACAGAUUUUAAAAAUCAAACCUGAAUUAGCAAAGGAGAAGAAUUCAGAUGGUUACACAGCUCUGCAUGUACUAGCUCAAAAGCCAUCUGCAAUUAGUAGCAGCAAGGAGCUUAGCUCUUGGAAAAAACAUAUGUACUCCUGGUUCAAUGGAAUUUACAAUAAAGCUCUAAUGCAGACAUUAGCCCAUCAAAUUGUUGAUCUUUUAUGGAAGUAUGUUACAAAAAAUGUUUCCACAAAUGCGGUAGCAGAUCUAAUUGGAACACCCUCAUCAAUAUUGCGCGAUGCAGCAGAAAUUGGAAAUAUCGAGUUCCUGCUAAUACUCCUUCGCCAAGAUCCACAAUUAAUAUUGCAAGUUGACAAGGAUAAUAAAACGAGCAUAUUUCAUAUAGCAGUUGAAAAUCGACAAGAAAGUGUGUUCAGUCUUAUAUAUGAGAUAGGAGGGUUGAAGGAUUUUAUCGCCUUUAUCAAGGAUGAUAAAACUGGAUGCAACAUAUUACACUUAGCUGGAAUGUUAGCAGCUCCACAUCACUUGAGCAGAGUGUCAGGAGCAGCUUUACAAAUGCAACGAGAGCUUUUGUGGUUCAAGGAAGUAGAGAAAAUCGUUUAUAGCUACCAUAUACAAGUAAAAUGUAAGGACCUUCCAAACCUUACCAGAGGGGAGACAAAAUUAGAUCCCGCUGAUACAUUCACACCUCGGGAACUCUUCUCGAGACAGCACAAACAACUACUAAAGGACGGCGAGGAGUGGAUGAAAAAUACGGCAAACUCAUGCAUGGUGGUGGCAACUUUAAUCGCGACAGUGGUUUUUGCGGCGGCGUUCACAUUUCCUGGAGGCAACAAUGAUAAGGAUGGUACUCCCAUUUUUCGACAGAAUCAAGCAUUCACAAUGUUCGUAAUAACAGAUGUUGCUGCUCUAGUGUUGUCUACAACUUCCAUACUCACCUUUUUGUCAAUUUUGACGUCGCGCUACGCUGAAGAAGAUUUUUUGAUGUCGUUGCCAGGCAAGUUAUUGUUUGGGUUACUGACAUUGUUUCUUUCUAUUGCAUGCAUGGUGGUGGCUUUCAGCAUGACCUUCUUUAUUGCGUAUGAUAAAACAAACGCAAAGUUUCCAUUGGCCAUUGCAGCAGUGACCGUCAUACCAAUUGGAUGUUUUUGUGUAUUUCACGUUAGACUCGUCGUUGAUAUAUUGCGAUCAACUUAUUGGUCUUAUUUCUCUUUUAGAAAACGCAAUAUAAAGCUAUUUUAGUGCAAUCGCACAGAUGCCUAUCUAUUUAACUUGGGUUGUUUUUCUAAAAUGUUUAUCACCCUGUAAUAAUGUGUCACACCCUGUGUAAGCCCCAUUUUUUAAUUUUUGAACUUUCUUUAUGGAGAAGAAUUUUGAAUAA